AUGACACACUUCCAUCACUACGUCUACGGAAAUCAGGUGGCAGUAGAAACUGAUCACAAGCCCCUGGUUGGAUUGGUGGAUAAGCCAAUUGGAUUGUGUUCCCCCCGAAUCCAGCGAAUGCGACUACAGCUGCAGGUUUACAGUUAUCAACUCGUCUACAAGCCAGGGAAGGAAAUCGUUCUGGCAAAUACGCUCAGCAGAGCGCCAGACACUCAGGAAUAUGCGACGGAUCAGUCGCAAAUAAACGAAGAAUAUGUUCACGCAAUGCUCAGCUACGUCAUCCCAGAAGAAACGGUUAAAGAAAAUGGAAAAUGGGUGGCCCAAUCACAAGCGAGAUUGCCCGGUGCCGGCAAAGCCAUUUUGGUCGGAAAGGGCCAGUUUAUCGACAGCUGGAGGUCUGCUACUUCGUGGACAUCAGAUAGUUGUUCCCGUCUCUCUGCAUCCAAAUGUCUCGAAAGAGCCAAGUCAGUUGCCUACUGGCCAGGAUAUGUCGAAGAAAUACGCAACCUUGUAGCUGGAUGUCGUAUAUGUCAAUUUGAGCGGCGUCACCAAAAUCCACAUCAACAGCAUUAUCCGGUCGAAGUUCCAGAAUACCCCUUUCAACGUGUGGCGACGGAUUUCUUCCAGUUACGUUGUAAAGACUAUUUAUUAGCUGUUGACUACUUUAAUUUUGAAGUGCCGGAAGUGCUGGUGCCGGAUAAUGGACCACACUUUGGCAGCGCUGACUUCCGUGCGUUUGCUCGUCAUCUUGCCGUAUUCCAUGUCACGUCAAGUCCAUUUGAUCCAGAGUCAAAUGGUCUGGCGGAGAGAUCAGUACAAACAGUGAAAGCGGCGUUUAUCAAGUCUAUGGAGGAUGGUCGCACGCUCCAGGAAACGCUCCGAGCAAUCCGUUCAACUCCUGUUGGAGGUGGAUUGCCGUCCCCAUCGGUGUUGUUGCAAUCACGGAAUCUACGAGGAAGUUUGCCAUUUUUGUCGGAGUUCCUACGGCAUCAAAACGUCUCAUCGGGAGCUGUAGCUGCAGAAUUAAAGCGUCGUCAAGUGUCGGCGGCCUUUCAUAAAAAAGCAGCUCGUCCGUCUCGAUACUCCAUUCUAACGAUCGGUUAG